AUGUUCCAGGACAGCUUGCGUAUGUCAGUUCGCGAACCCAGCCGGUUUUUCGACGGUUUACAAGAUAACUGGUUUCAUUAUGCAUGCUUUUGGAAAAGAAUCAAACCAGGAAAAGUCCAAAUCAAUGAGAGGUCAAUCAGAGGAAUGGACUUGCUCAAAUGGGAUGAUCAGGAAAAAAUUCGUGAAAAGAUCAGAGAUUUUAUGAGUGGUGGCGAUUGGGAGACUGCAGAUACAGCGUUCUCAACUGUGAAAGUAGAGUACGCAAAGACGAGUAGGGGUAAAUGUUUCACGUGUAAACUUCCUAUAGCUCAAAAGGAGAUGAAGUUUGGAAAAGGUUCCAACUGGUAUCACCAACAGUGCCUCUUCAAAGACGAAAAAACGAAAUAUGGCGGCAGCAUUGAAGAUAUAGGUGGUUUCUCUUACCUGAACGACGAAGAUCAACAGAGCUUGUUGGAAUCCCUUAGGAACUUCGUGAUGAAGCAAGAGGCCGAUGAUGUUAAGGAGAAUGUCAAGGAGAUAAGCAAACGGCAGAUUGCUAAUACUGGCCAGGAACAAGAUGAUGCUGUACCUGCAAAGAAGCGUCGUGGUAAAGCUCAGCAGGUCUCGAACUUGGAACUGCUGAAGAAGCAAACGGACAUGAUGUGGGAAUUGCGCAACGGCUUCAGAGAAAAUCUUUCAAAGCACGAAAUGACUGAGUUGCUCACAUCCAAUAAUCUCAUUGCUCCAUCUGGGGAAAGUAAGAUAAUUGAGUACCUCGUCGACGCUGCCAUGUUUGGAUGCUGCAAGCCAUGUGAGAAAUGUGGAGGUGCUCUCAUCUAUAGGUUUGUCGCUAUGCGUUAUGUAGCUUGA